AGAGGAGGAGAAUCCGGCGAAUCCGGGAGAGGUUAUUUGUCGUAUAAGAAAAUCGUGGAAAAAAAUGUGAUUCUCUGCUUGACAAACCGCUCAUUAUUGAGUCGCUCGCCGAGUGUCAUUGCUGGACCAGAUGCGUGACGUGAUUUGUUGAGUAUUAAAGCGACACGAUGCCUGGGAAGAUAAAGGUGAAGAUACUGGCAGGUCGUAAUCUGCCAGUAAUGGAUCGUUCUGGCGACACGACGGAUGCUUAUGUGGAAUUGAAAUUCGGCAACAUAACUUACAAGACAGAUGUGUGCCGAAAGUCUCUGAAUCCACAAUGGAACUCGGAAUGGUAUAGAUUUGAAGUUGACGAUGCUGAACUACAAGAUGAGCCACUGCAAAUCAGAUUGAUGGAUCAUGACACAUAUUCUGCUAAUGAUGCGAUAGGCAAAGUUUAUAUAAAUCUUAAUCCAUUGUUGCUGCCUGGUAUACUGCCUCCAGUAAAGAACAUUUGGACUCUGGAGGCAACUAUGAACACCAGUGCUGGAUCUCAAGGAUCAGUUAUGACUGGCUGGAUACCUGUAUAUGACACAAUGCACGGCAUACGUGGCGAAGUAAAUAUUAUCAUAAAGGUGGAACUAUUUUCUGAUUUUAAUAAGUUUAGGCAAUCAUCCUGCGGAGUACAAUUCUUUUAUUCACCUAAUAUACCAUAUGGAUAUCAUGCACAAAUGAUACAUGGAUUUGUUGAAGAACUUGUAGUUAGUGAUGACCCAGAAUAUAAAUGGAUCGAUAAAAUAAGAACACCCAGAGCAUCGAACGAGGCACGACAGACUCUGUUUUUUAAACUAAGUGGAGAAGUCCAAAGGAAAAUUGGAUUAAAAGCAUUGGAUCUUGGUGGAAAUGCUGUAAUUGGGUACUUGCAAAACUUUGAUCUAGAAGGCGAAUCCGGCAUUGUUGCCAGAGGUAUAGGCACAGCGGUAACGCUAGUAAAACUGCAUGACGUUUUCGGUUUUCCUUGCGACAGCAUCAAUAUCGAAGAGAUCGCAUUCGCGCUUUCCUCACGCACAAUAGUGCGAACGGAACGUUACGCCGACGACAGCGCGCCGUUCCCUAUCUCUACUCCCGCUGGCGUUCCCGCUUCUUAUCCUAUUAGCAAAAACAGGAAUCUUUACGCGAGAUCCUUGUCGUCUUUAACGCGCCUGGAAUGCGCAAAGGUGCCCGUGACUCCUGGACAUGUCAGAGCGCGAAGGAAACGUGCCAAGCGCAUUCCGUUUCUACGAUCCAAUACAUCGAGUAUGUUGAAUCUAAGAGUGACCGCUUCCAGCAGCUCGGACGUCACUCCGUCGUCGGAAAUUGAUCGGAGUUUAAUCGACGAAACGGUGAAAUCUAUACGUACCAUAGUAAUGCCAGAGGAGACAAGGAAGAAAUCGUCGAGAGAUCACCUCUCCAAGCAGAUCAAGCAUCUACGUAGUAAAUUUGACUCGGUCGGCGAGGAGAGUCAUUUCACCACGGAAUCUGACCGCGAUUCCGACAUUAUGAAUCCUCAGGAGAGAAACCUGAAGGAAACCAAGACCACCGGUAGGAUAAUGGCCGCGUUACUUAUCGAAUCUAUACAGAACAUGUCUCUUGAGAAUAUCGAAAAUAUUGAUCCCGCUUUGAUUCUUCCCAGCGAUAAACAGUCUAACGAAGAGAUAAAGGAAGAAACAGUGCUGUGCUGUACAGAGAAUCCUGAAAAUAAGAAUAGCAAGGUCCAAGUAGGUGAAGAGCAGCAGCAAGACGUCGCUUCCUCGAUUGACGAGACGGAGAUGUCUUCCUUCGAUGACGAAAAUUUGACGGGCGAUGAAUCAUCGGGGGACACUGCCAGUUAUAACAUCUUGGACGACUCGAGAUACUCGAUCGAUAGAGACUCCAACAAAACGGAGGACUCGGCGAGUCUCCAGGAGAGAAUUCCCAUUACGCACUCCAGUGCGGAGAGCUGCACGGAGUCUACACUGCAGAUAGAAUCGGACGUAGCGUCGAAUCGUUCGCCAUCAAUCCCGAAUUUAAUAGAUAUGGAAGACACCAUACUACAGAACGAUAGGAUUCCCAUAAUCACUGUGGACAUUCACGAGAGCACAGAUUCGGACACGUCCGGAUUGUCGAACGAUGAAAGUCAGCCGGAUAUCUCGGAUUCGUAUAACUUCGAGGAGACUAAUAUUUCCGCUGUGGAAUUAACUCAUUUGUCCGACAAAGGAAACAUCAGCGAUGUAAGACCAGCAUCUGACACUUCUGGAAACGAGUGUCAGGUGCUUGGUUUGAGGAUAGAGGAAAGUGAGCGGUGCAGCAGUGCCACCUUUACAUCCGAUGGUUCGUCGGUUCCCGAAGCACCUGAUAUUCGUCUGGAUAAACCCGAACAAGAUCUACAUCCGAGCCACGAUCAAUCUAUUCAUCAACAAAAUGAGAAAUCAACGGGACUCGAAUCUUCAUUCAUCGCUGAAGGAUCGAAAGAUCGCGUGAACGCAGGCAAAAAGGGGAAUGAUUCGGUGACGAAACGGGCAUUGAUCGAAGAAGCCCGUGCGAUUAUGAUGGUCGAGAGACGAAAAUGUAUACGCGAUUUGAUCAAACUAAUCGACACGAAGAUGAUGGUAUCCGCACGGCCGACGCGUCGUAGCAAAAAAACCGUGUCGCUGAGGAGCAAGAAGAAGAAGAAGAUCGAGAGAACGGGAUCUCACAAGGAAGCGAAAAAGUCGGGGAAUCCGCUUGACCGAUUUCCUUCUCGUAGCGCGUCCACGAGGAAACGUGCGUCGCGUAAACGUCGCAAGAAGAGCGAUCACCUUCGCGUUCCUCGCGUCCGCUCGAUUCCCGAGUAUCUAUCCUCGGCGCAGCGCCCGAUUAUUCACGCCACCUCCCGUUCCUGCGACUCUUCUCCCAUCAGUUUAACCGAUCGCGUAUCCCCAGCUCCCGCGUUCCAUCGUCCGCUCGAUGGUUCGCCCGGGACCUCGGGAAAACCGCCGAGGAGCAACCCCGGCAACAAAUCCGACAUCGUAACCGCGAUAUCUAUCAGUAGCGACUGUAAUCUAGGGAACACAUCGUGUCAUAUUGAUCGUACUAUGCCCACUAACAAUGCUAAUAUGACUUACAACUCGCGUGUGUCCCGUCCUUCUCCCGAUCUUAGGCAGCAAGAUGAAGCGUCGACCAGCCCGUCCUACCCGCUUCCGGCUGUUCCUACGGUGGCCGCGAAAAUGUCCCAAUCACCGGCGACCCGAACGCUCGCGAACGUGCCGCUUCAUCGAAGAUCGAGCGAUUCCGAUCUGAGCGUUACUCCCAAAGGUAACUCUCUAGGCAGUGAUAGAUCGAUAGCAGGACCCCUAAGGACACCAGCUGCGGUAGUCAGACCCAUGAAUCAAGACACGCUAGAAAUGUUAGAAUAUCCCUUCAUUACUAUGCAACAUUACCCACCUGGCUUCAUAUUACAUAUAGGUGGUCUAGUGAGCUCGAGGUCGGUGAAAUUACUCGAGAGGAUAAGCAAUCUGGAGGAACCGGAAGGCCGUGAUGCGUGGUGGACCGAAAUCAGAAUGGAAGUUAGGUCACACGCGAGAGCGUUAGCUUGCAAUGUUGUUAUAGGCUACAAAGAAGAAACUAGUAUAUGUGACGAUGUGUGUGUGUUGAGUGCCUCCGGUACCGCGGCAGUCAUAAAUUUUCAUAAUUCUGGUCAAGAAUCAGACGGCGUCGUUCUUAAUAAACUUCAACAGAGUGCGCCCGCAGCUGCUGUGGAUUCGGAAAAGGGCCAGCAAAAGUCCGUCGCGACAAAGGCAGAGAAAGUUGACAGUGAUACACCUGUCGUGGCUCAUACGGAGCGACAAAACGGAAAGGUGUGCAAGCACUCUUCCGAAGGCAAUGAUCACGAAGGUUUCUGCGGCCAGUCUCAGCUGCGAUGCAACCUGUGUCAUCUCCCUUACAGUGAAAGCAGCGUGCCAUUUAGAGUCAAUGUGUCAAAAUGUACUAUAUGCAAGCGCGCCAAGGUUCCGGAUGUUAUGUUCACCACUAUAGAAGUCCCGACGAAUAUACCGACAACCGGAAGAGGCUGCUUUAUCCAAGCGACUGUAUGCAAAAGCAAGAAAGACUUGCGUGGUGAACUGAAUGCAAAGGAGAUAUCUGAUUGUUUGCCGUUUCUGGAAUAUGAACUACACAGUUUAUUGUUGAACAAGUUGAAGAUCAAGGGUAUGAACGCGGUGUUCGGCCUCAGGUUGCAGGUAUCCGUGGGAGAACGGUUCAUAAUCGGUAUGGCGGUAGGCACCGCGGUUUACUUGACCGCUCUACCGCCGCCUACCAUUCCGCAAAUAGCAUCUAGCAAUUCGUGGCAUAACGAGGAGCAGUUAGGGGAAAUGCAAAAGUCUAUUGUAGAAACAGUGAAGAAGAACCGAGAGUUUUAUCGUCUAAAGCCUAUCGGAGUCAACGAAGUCGAAAACGGACGCUUUCCAAGUACUUCUGAUACAGACGAGUCAGAUGAGGAUCUACCGGAACUCGAUCUUGGAUUGGGUACUCGCGAUGCGUGCAUCUUAGAAGUGGACGACAUCGAGGAUAUGGACCGAAUAUCAUCAUUAAUAGACAACAGACCACCCGAUGAUUUUCACGUCGUUAAUACACAGACGAUACCUGGUCUCGAAGAUUUAGAGAUCGUCAGAAAUUUACAGAUGUUCACGCAAAUCUCUAGGGCUAAAAUUCCCAUAGGACAAUUCGCGUCGAUGCCAUCAAAAUAUUUUGCCAGGUUACUUCAGUCUCUAUAUUUCAAAUUAAGAAGAAUGGUUCCCUGCGCCUUGUGUGACAUGCAGUUUAAAGUAGCAUUAUCUGAACAAGAUGAAAUACAACUGACUGUCGUUGGUAUGGCGCUUGGUUUGGGAGAACCCUUAAAUACGAAUAAAUAUAAAAGGAAGAUUGUAUGUCGUUCCUUGAGUAAGGAUCAAGUAAGAAAGUCAGAUGACAGUGAUAUGAUAUUUAGUCUCGAUGAGGAUCAUCUAGAAAACAAUAUCACAUGUGACAAUGCAACACGCGUUAGUACGGGAAAUCCCGCAACUUUAAGUGGUGUCCCUAUACAAAAGCCAAGACCACGUUCACCUUUACGUUUAAAAUCAUUCACUACUCAUAGACGUAAACAUGUGCCUUUAAAAGGAAGAUAUGGUGUAGAUAUAACACCUUUAUCUUACCUACCAGGUGGAAGAAUAGAGAGGUAUCAAGGCAACUUAAAUUUCUUUUUUAUUCGCGAAAGUACGUCGAUACGAGAGAAUGGUGGAUUGAGCGGUUUCACCCACAGUUUCGUAAUGGAAGUUUUGGCAAUUGUUCGUGCUCAUAUUACGGCAUUAGGCGGUAACGCUAUGGUAGCAUUCUUUAUGACACAGUGCGUGCUUCUCCAUAGUCCGCACAAAAAUCAGGGUCAGUGUUUGAUUAAUGUAGGUGGCGAUGUUGUAACAGUAUCUUAUUAUGCGGAUGAGAAGCACAGCGCGGUUUCAAAUUGCUGACCCCAGCCUCCUCAUUCUGCGCCACCAUGAACGACUAUUUAACGCAAUGGUAAUUAGUGAUUUGACUAAAUGUUUGCCAAUAUUAAUACUAUUAUAGGUCAUUGCGGUUCUCGGAAAUUUAAUGCAUUAUAUAAUGACCAAUCUCAAAAUGUUUCGUUGCAGUAAUUGAUAUUGCUGCUUAUCAAUUUAUUUUAUAAAAAUCAGGAUUCAAUAUUAAUUUCUUUAUGAAUUAAUAGAAUAGAAUAAUACAAUACAGAAUAUGACAAAGUAUAUUAUACAUUAGUCUACUAUAAAUUUAAAAUAUCUUGUAUAUUUAAUACU